AUGGGCUCGUCAGCUUCCAAGGUCGCCGCCAGAGCUGGAGGAGGUGCAGCUCGCCGCAAAUAUCCUUCGACGCCCUCCAUCGUCAACUCCGCACCCUCACCCACCCAUGCAGCAACAGAACCCACGCCUGCAGCGGAAGUCCGCCCCAGUCCAACCGCCGCUCCUCCCGCAGGCGAGAAGUCAGAACAUGUAGAGCUCGAUGCACGAGAUCCGCAAUUUGGCUCGGCAUUGCGCCGGGUGGGGGCAGCCAGACCUGUGACAGAGAGAAGACCCGACGAAGACACAUUCCCGACCUCGAGCCAGCCAAUGCAUUCCGGUCAGAAUAUCUUCCCCUCUGACGCGAACAAUCCGGCCAUGAUGCUCGUCCAGGCCAGGAAAAGAAUCGCCGCUCAAUGGGAAUCGGAGAUGGAAAACCAAGGUCGACCCGGCUUUGCGGGCAGGACACUGGUGAGCGCAAAGGAUAUCAAAGAGGCUUUGACGUUGAGAGAUGAAGUGGGCAAGACUCGGCAAGAGGUAGAGAAGCAGUUGAGACUGAAACCGGGAGCCCUUGACCAAUUGGUGCCAAAAGGUGUUGUGGCAAACGUUUGA